AUGCGAACAUACGAAACCUGCACUCUCUGGGGGCUGGGUCUUCUGUUGAGCAGCAAACUCGUCGUGACUGCGCUCCCAACCUUCGAUUACAUGUGGACCCACGUCAGGAGCGAACACUUCUACAGCAGCAGCAGCAGUGGCGUUCACGCCUCAGACAAGGAGGACUGCUUUUGGCCGGGAUUCAUCCGCGCAGGAGUGGAAUUCGACGAGGAGGGCGAACCGGCGGCGAAGCCCCCCGCGGCUGUGUAUCCACAUGACACAACAUUGGCUGCGACCGCUACCGACGACGACACCGCUACUUCGUGCACACCCAGCACCCAGACCGCCCUCACCGCGGCCGCGGACCUGAGGUUCCAACGCCGCGACGAAGACGCCGGGGUCAUUCCCACCGCCGUCCGGUCCCAGGAGACGGCGAGUGCGCCGGCCAACCCCACGCCCUACCCAUGCAAUGGGGCGGUCCAGCCCUGCGACCCUGGCUACAGAGUCUUGCUCUUCAACGGCAUGUGCAUCUGCUACUAUCUCGGCAGUCGAGGGGACGCGAGGUGA